AUGGACUACUCGGCUGUCUCUACCGAUCCCGACCCUGUCGGCCCCUCGCCCUGGGGCUCUCCGCGCGCUGACCGCAACACAUUCCCCGCUUCCAACAACAGCGACGUCCCGUCGUCUCCUUUACCUGGCCAGGAGCGAUAUUCGGAGGAUACAGACGGAAGCCAAGUAGGAGUACCACAAUCUCCAGACCUUUCGGCGCAACUUCAGAGUCCUCAAUUGGGGGACCCGGACUAUGCCGAGGGCCAACCUCCCUUAGAGAGCUCUCAGCAGCAUCAGGCCCUCCCCACACGUCAUCAGACUGGACUGGGACUGCGUCAAAACUCCCACGCUCCGGCGCCGACAUAUAAGAUUCAAGCCAAGAUUACUAGCCUGGAGCGGACAGGCAAGAAAGAUCCUAUUCUCCGCUUCGAUGUCCACACCAAUAUUCCCAAGUUCCGCACCACCCAGUACCGUGAUGUGCGCCGUACGCACGCUGAGUUCGGUAAACUUGCAGACCACUUGAUCUCAGCCAACCCGGAAGCUCUAGUCCCCGCUGUGCCACCACCAGUAACCCCAGCCGGAGCAGGUACUGACGAGGAUGAAUCUCGAGUUAAGGCGUCAAUGCAAAGAUGGCUCAACACCGUUCUGAGCAAUGAUAUCCUUAUUCAGGAUGACGAGGUCGUGCUGUUCGUGGAGAGCGAUUUUGGCUACAGUCCUGUGGUUCGGAUGAAGCAACCGGCUACUGGCGUGCGCCGUAAGAUGUUGAAGCAGUUUGCGCCUCCACCAGAUGAUACCCCUGAGCUCCAAUCCGCUCGUCCAAUCGUGAAGAUGUUUUACUUGGCUUCAAUGGACACCAGCCAUAAGGUAGACCGAGUUGUGAAGGGCCGUCGCGGUGUUGGUUUGGCCGAAUCCGAUUUUGGAGUGAAAAUUGGUCAAAUGAGCGUGCAAGAGACGCAUCCUGGUUUAGCCGCUGCUUACCGUAAGCUGGGCAAGGUUAUUCAGACCGUGGGUGACUUCCAUGCCGUGCAGGCCACUGCGGAGGCCACGACUCUCGGGGAGCCUUUGAGCUACCACUCCCAAGACGCUUUCAUUGUGAAGGAGACCCUGACCAACCGUCACAUUUUGCUACGCGAACUUCUCCAGGCUAGACAGACUGCCCAGAGCAAGCGCGCCGCCGCAGACCGAUUGAAGGUCAGCUCAUCAGUGCGUCCGGAUAAGGUUGAUGAAGCAAUCAAUGCUCUCGAGGAGGCACAGAACCACGAGGAAUACUUGACUAAGCGCACCCAGCGCGUCACUGGAAAUCUGCUCCAAGAAAAGCGCCGCUGGUUCGACCGCACCACCAAUGAUCUUUUGUUUAGCCUGCGAGAAUACACUUUGCGCCAGAUCGAAGCAGAGCGCCGGACCUUGGCAACUCUUGAAAGUGUUCGACCCGAUGUCCGAGCCAUUGAUUCGUCCGGCGGUUUGAGUCGGUUGGGUCGUGAAUCACACCCCGCACAACGCAGACCUAACAUUUCCUCCAGCCAGGGUCCUAAGGGUGAUGCCUGGAGCGGUGUUCCCCGCCGCAUUGAUGGCGCCGGUCGUAGUAUGAGCGGUAGUUUCACGGCUCCUACCGGCGAGGAGGAAGGGGACGAAAACACUGAGUCCAGUCAGGGACGUGUGCGUUCUACGAGCAAGGUCGGUUCCAUUGCAGAGGACGACGAUGAUCGACUGGAUGCUCGUAACGCCGCCAGCCGGCUGGCCACCAGCACAUUCUGA